AUGAAUGUAUCAAAGUGGUUGCAUCAUGAUACCGACGAUGCACAACAAGAUAGUGAUAUCAGAUCUACUGAGGAGAAAUGUAAGAGUCUGGCAAAUAAUUUGAACGAGCUUGACAAUAAUUUAAAGAAUGAUAAAGAAACUUUGGCGAAAGUUGAUGAAGAGAGAGGAAAAUUGGACAGUCAGUGUAAAUCUCUGUCUCUGGAGAUUGAGAGGUAAUUACAUUUUUGGUAUAUAGUGUUGUAGUUGUUUUGUUGAGUGGAAACAUAUGAGUGGAAAGGACCACAUAUUCAUAUGUGCCAAUUGCGCGUGUUUGCCAAUUGCGUGUACAGUGUAUUUGUCAAGCACGCGGAACAACUGACCUGCAAUUGUAACUGAGUUGAGAUCUACUUUGUUAAAAUUGAAGCUGAUUGUCGGCCAUUGCAAUAAAAGGAACACAAAUUUUUCAUCUAAAAAUUGAUUUUCAAAAGUACUUUUCAGUAGUGACAACAACGUUGUCAAAAUUCAAGUGAUUUAAACGGUAUUUGGUUACUGGUAUAAUAUUUGGUUAUCAUUAAUAAUAUACCUCAACAUACUUCAAAAAAAUAUACAGUAAAAUUAUACAGUGAAUUACAUUCUAGGGUAGAGUAAACUAAACUAGUCUACUAAACUUUGCAGUAUCACAUUGAUAAGCACUCCACUGUUUUUCUGCGGAAUAUAUGAUAAUAAAAUUGUCUUGGGAUAGGCAAGAUAAAAGUGUAAGACUGUCUAGCAAACAUUCCAAUGGCAUCGCUUUAAAGCAUCAACCUCUUCUUGCAGGCUUCUUCAACUAAAUGAAGAAAUGGAGAAAGAGAAAGCUACUUCAUUUCUGAAUAGACAGGGUCAACAGGUAAAGACUGGUUUUCAUUAGUCGACGACACUCGCCGAUGUCGAUUCUGUGACCGUCUAAUUCAUCCGCGACUGUCACAAUAAUUUUUUGCGACAGUUGGUGGUAAUCACAGACAUUCUAUGAUAAUAAAACAAAUGAAAGCACUGCAUGUUCACGAGUUGUAGGUGACACUGAGUCGUAGAACUUUUACCUUGGUCCCAACUUUAUGGGGCUUCGGUGGCCAAGUGGUUAGCGCACUUGCCUUUCACCUCUGAGGCUUGUAGGUUCGAGUCUCACUAAGUACCUUCUCAGUGCGACUCGAACCCAGUCCCCAUGUGAAAAGAGUAAAAGUCAACACUCUGCCGAAAGCCGUGGGUUUUCCCCGGGUACUCCGGUUUCCUCCCACAGGGAAAGUUGACAGGGUGGGUUAGGUAAAAAGGGCCCACAGUAAUUGGCAUAUGCUGUUGUGGUGACCCUGCCCUAGUUGGCAAAGCUAAAUAAAUAAAAAAAAACAAAAAAAACAACUCCUCUUCACGCUUGAAAUUUUCGCAGAAUCAUAAAAACAACGUAAACCGCCCACUGUUUACCGACGAUCGCGUGGAAUAUAGGAAUCGACGACUGUUGGCGAGUGUUCGCGACUAAUGAAAACCAGCUUUUUAACAGUCUCCCUAGUCCUUAUAAAAUAUCUGUACAAACACUUAGUGAAAUUUCAUGCAGGAUUGUCAUAGAAGUGCGCAUACUAAUACUACUGUAUGUCUUUCCAGUAAUUUGUUCUAAUACCCAGCUCUUUCUUCUUAAUCAAUUCUUAAAAUGAUGUCUUUCUAAUACACCCUUUCGAUAAUUACGUCAUUUCGCCUGGCAGCCUCGCUCUCAUGAAUUGUGAGCCAAUCACCUUGCGUAAUUUACUAAUUAGAGCGAGGCUCCGAGACCAAAAAGUAUGUGUGACGUAUUUAUCGAAAGGGUGUAUUAAUGUAAAAUCACAGUGUUAUAUAAUUCUGCAUCCUGAAAAGCUCUAAUCAAACAAUUUAGCCAACAUAGUGUUUGAGGAACAAGGGCAAGAUGCAUUUAUCUGUUGCCAAGUGAGAGCAAUCAUCUUUCACAUCUGAGGUCGUGGAUUCGAUUUUCUCCCCGGAGCCAUGACACUUAUGUGAAAGGAGUCAGUCAACGCUCUACCGAAAGUCGUGGGUUUUCUCCAGAUACUACUGCUUCCUCCAAGGACUGCCGAGAGGUUGCGGGGGGCCCGGUGCAAACAUUUCCCAGAGGUCCCUAUAACGUCAUAGUUGUAAAACGGGAGAACCUGUAUUUUACAAUAUAUUACACUUUAUUGCAUAUUAUCCGGCACUAACGCAGCUAAGAUUUAUAUUCUUAGUUAAGCAAUCUUCUCGCAACAAAUUUUAGAGGGCUUCUUUGCUUUGGGGACCCCUUUUGAGCUGGGGAUCCGGGGCAAUAUGCCCCCACCCCUGCCCCCCGCUUGGCGGGCUUGCUUCCUCCUCGCACAGAGAAUGUUACAGGGUGGAAUGUUACAUGAUCAGACAUGGGUCACAAGGUGGCUGCCAGAGGCGCCCUUAGAAAGUCGCAAUUCAGCUUAGUUCUCAGCUGCAAGUAAGGAUCCCCACUUAUUUCUAAGGGCAGUCCUGACGCUAGGCUACCCCUAAUUGUGUUCUUGUAAACAUGCAACAUAUAAAUUCCAACGUAAUUAAAACGUGCUAGUUGGCUACAGGUAUACUCUAAAAACACUCUGGUUAAAUUUGGGUUAAUUCAACCAGGAAGGGGUUAAAAAUCCACCUACACAAUCCUGGUUAAAAAAAUUAAACCAUUUUCCUGUUUAAAAGUCCAAAGAAGUAUGGCCAGAUUUUUGUUGAAUCAAUAAUUUUUAACCAGGAAAUGAGUUAAUUUAACCAGGAAUGUGCUAGGUGGAUUAUUGAUCCAGUUCCUGGUCGAAUUUAACCAGAGUGUUUUUAGAGUGAAUUAUACUGUCGCAUAAAUAUGGGUGCUUUUGUUGACUAUACUUUUCUUUUCAAUUCAGAAAGACAAGGCGGAAUUAGAAGAUCAAAUUCGUGUGUUGACAGAUGAGAAGACUAAGCUAGAAGAUACAUUAACUUCUGUGAAAAAAGAAAAGUCGGACAUUGAUUCAGAGAUUCAAAAACUAAACGAAAAACUGCAAGAAGAAAGUUAUUUAAGACUUGUCCUUGAGAACGAAGUCUCCGAAAUUACUGAACUGUUCAACAAAGAAAAGAGUGAACAAGCGGACUCUUUAAAAGAAAUUGAAAGACUUAAAGUGGAAGUUGAAGAAACUGAAACCAAAUUCGAAGAACUUAAAGUUGAAUUAACAAAUAGUAAAGAGGAAUUAGAUUCAGUAGCAGGAAAUUUGGAUACAAAGGAAAAUGAAUUGGGAAAAGUGGAAGAAUUACUAGAAAAGUCGCAGACGGAGAAAGAAGAGAUGGAAAGAAAUAUAGCGAGCUAUGAAGAACAGCUUGCCAACUUACAAUGUACAAUGGAACAACAAGUAUCAUCAUUGAGGUUUCAGUUGAGCUCCGAAGCUCUUAAAUAUGACGAAGAAAUAAAAGUUAGUUUUUUGCUCAUUUUAUAUAGCUUAGGAUAAAAUGACAACUAGGGUGGAAAACAGGAGGCUAGGUUCGAUGUUGUAUACACGGUUUGUGACAUUUAUAUGCGUUGAAACAUUUAUUUUACGCAUAAUAAUAUACAUGAAAAAUUUCUCAAUUCUGAUUGGCUAAGAGCAGUGCAAUUUCUUCGAAAUACAGUGCCAAAAAAUGAAAUACAGUGCAAAUUUCCUAAUUUUCUUAAUUUUCUUAUUUUCUUCAAAUUUCUUAAUUUUCUUAAUUUAUUAAUUUCUAAUGGUGACUUAAGCACGUGACUGCAUAAUUUUUUCAUGUUUAUUAUUAAUAAGCAAUAGUAUGGUUUCUCGUACAAUUUGAAAAAACAUAUACACUCGUUCUUCGGACUCGUGCAAUUUUUAUAGUCUUUAAAAAACUCACUCGUACAUGUUUUUUCCAAAUUGCACUCGAAACCAUACUAUUACCUAUACAUAACUGUUGUAUUACUGCACUAUAUGCGUGAAAAUAUUUAUCGAAUUUUUUAGACGUUAUCGGAAGAAAAGCAAGAAGCCAUGUCCCUGAGGGAUAAAAUUCAAGAAAACGAAGAGACCAUAACAGAACUAGAAAAUAAAUUAAAAGAACGAAACGAAACAUGGCAAACAGAAAAAAAGAAAUUAGCAAGUGAUAUCAAGCUUCUCAAGAAUGAGGUAAGCUUCAGAAGAUUAAUUAUGGAAGCUAUUACCUGGUAGCGUCACUAGCGUAGAUAUAUGAAUUUUAUCUCUGAGUCGUAAAAAUAAUAUAAGAAAGAGCACAGGGAAAGCAUGAGUCUCAUAGAAGUUGCCCAUCAGCGAAAUAACCUUGCAUUGAUAUAACUUCCGAGAGGUUCCUUCCAGAUAAUAGACCUUAUGCAUAAUGACGUCACAAGGCUUCAUGUCCGCGAGGAAUGCUGGUUUUAGUAGUCAUCGCCCGGAAAAAUUUCGAUAGUGGCCAUUUUGAACUGUUUAAUUUACCCGGGCGAUGACUACUAAGACCAGCAUUCCUCGCGGGCAUCAAGCCUUGUGACGUCAUUAUGCAUAAGGUCUAUUGCCGCAUCUUUUUGGAAUUGAUUGCUACAUAUUAAUUUAUCACUACUUUAACAUCAUUUCUACUCGGGGGAUAGCGUAGGUGAAGACCCAGUGAGUAUAUGCAUGGUUGCUUUCACAUAACUGCAGUUAUCUUAUUAUCGUUAAUAAUUAAGUUCUGCUUAUAAUAGUUUUGUUUGUGGAAACACCACGUAAAUUUAUUACUGCAAAGCUUUCGAUCCGUAAGCCCGGAUCUUCAUCAGUGCUACCCGGAUCUUCAUCAGUGCUAAUAAUAUGUAUACAUAUUAUUAGCACUGAUGAAGAUCCGGGUUUACGGAUCGAAAACUUUGCAGUAAUAAAUUUACGUGGUGUUUCCACAAACAAAACUAUUAUAUGUUUUAUCGCCAUGCAAACGUACAAAGAACUUAAGUUCUGCUUGUAAUUUUCAUGUUGUUGUAUCUCUUGCAAUCCGCAAUUAUCAUAUACUCGUCUAUACGUACACUGGCACAGUCCGUUCGCUUUGACAUAAUCUGAUCUCAUGCGAUCAUAGCGAGCGAGUAAUAUAUCGUUGCAUCAUGCAAUGAUGUUGAAAUAUUUGGUUUAACUGCUUAUGUUACAAAUUAAGCAGAGUAACACCACAAACAUCAUAUUCACCUGAGUAAAUAACACCAACACACAUAAAUAGUAUCAUAUCGUAGAAUACAUUGAUAUCGAAGGAACUAGACUCCGAAAUAUCACCAACUCGAACCGACUUGACCUCGUAGCUCAGUUGGCAGAGCAUUGGACUAGUAUCCCAAAGUUCGCGGGUUCGAUUCCCACCGUGAUCAGACAAACUUUUCAGCUUGCCCGGUGUGGAUGCACACUCAGAGUAACACCACAAACAUAAGAUUUAUCCAUAUUGAAAAUAUGUUGAAAUAUUUGCGAAAGAGACAGCGUAGGACAUUGGAGAGCUGUUUGGUGUUUGGGUCCGACAGUGUUGGGUCCACAUGCAUGUCAUCAGCUUUUUCAAGCAAAACUACUUGCACUUGCCCAAACGGGCUACCAUGCUAAAGGAAACUUGUAUUUGUCUGAGAUGGUUUUCUUUUUAUGACUCGGGCAAGCCUUAAUGCAUGUCAGAUUCGUUUCAUCAAAUAAUCAUCUCAAUGAAAUGAAAUUCUGCUUGAGGAGACCUGUUAACGUAUUAACGUUUACUUUGACUAUAGAUAAAAGUGUUGAACGGUAACAUAGACGCUGACAAACAAGAAAUUCAGUCAAUAGAAAAUACUCUGAUGUUGUCAAAGAAAAAAUGCGAGAAGGAAAAGGGCAGAAACCAGGAAUAUAGAAAGACAAUCAAGGAAAUACGUGAACAGAAAAGUGAAAAUGAAAAGAUUUUGGAACAGGAGAAGAGUGAGUUGGAAGAAGAUAUUAAACAACUGAAGAACAAGUUAAUUUCACUUUUGAGGUAAUUAUUUUUUCCAUCAAUAUAGACGCCAUCUUGGAUCGUUAUUAAGCUCAAGAUCUAGGGCACAGAGUAUGUAUUUUAUAUAGAGGUCCGACCAUGUAGUCUCCAUGCAAUUCCCAUUCAGUCGCAAUGUGCGUAGUCAGUGCUCUAACGAGCGGCACUCACCCGUCUAAACCAAGCUCGGCAUUUUGAAUGUUUUCAUUGGACUUCUGUUGAGUCUGUAUUCUGUGUCAAGGGUAACAAGUUUACCAUUAUCUGAAAUUGAAACUGGACUGAGUGUCUAUAUUCAGGGCGUCGGCCAUUGUUAUUAAGAUUGCAUUCACACGAGAUCGCACGAAUUCAGAACCGUACGCAAAUUUGUCCGGUCCCAUUUGUUCACACCGAAAUUCGUGUAGUUAGCUGAGCUCGAAUUCGUCCAUGCGUCCUUUCUAAUUACAGUUCUUCAUCAUUCUUUUGGCCUCCCUCUCCAUUUAUCCCCCUCUACUUUACGCUCCAUUGCCUGUUCCACUCCAUUUUUUUUGUUGUUGUUGAUCAUCAUAACAUGACUAUACCUCAGUUGACCUCUUAUCUUUUUCAAAAUAUUUCAGUCUCCUUUUUCUGAUUUCAACACUUUUCGUUUGUGUAUCAAGGAUUUGUUGGGGUUUUUCUAGUGAUAAGUCAGAGCUGUGGAAACGAUCUACCCAACUGGAGUUUGACAUGAAAACCAGAUUGUCAGAGACAUGGGUGGAAGAUAAGGACGUCAAACAUUGUCCACAAUGUAAUAUUGAGUUUACCUUGUUUCUAAGAAAGGUAAAAUACCAUGAAUUAUUCCACGUUCUUAGGGACUGGUCAUAAUUUAUCAGGGGGGUGGGGAGGUGUAAUUCAAAAUUUUAAGGAAUGAUAUUUUGUGACCCUGCUUUGCCAUAACCCGGAAAAAUAAUACCCCCCCCCUCCCCUCUCUCUCUCUUGCUCGUGUCAGUAAAAAUGUACGUACCUACUAGUAAACCCUGCAUUCAAUAAAUUUUCUAAUUGCACUUUAAAUUUUCUAAUUUUCUAGUUGCGCUUUAAAUCAAAUACUAAAAUUUAUAUUAUACCAAUACAUAGUCAUAUAAAACUUUAGUUUUUUCAAACUUUUCAUUAUAUUCUAAGUUUAAAGAAUCAUUUUUUUUCAAUGCAACUCAAACAAUAUGUGAUGUAUAAAACAAUUAAUUGAACUAAAACAGCAGACCCCCUCCCCGCCUUCUUAAGCUGUCUAAUAUUUUAUGAACCCCCCUUUUUCCUGGCUAAAAAAUAUGUGACCCCCCCACUGUUUCCACCUCCUGCUAAAUUAUGACCAGUCCCUUAUUUCCCGCAUUCUUAAUGCAGUUUUAGCACAAAAUCAAUCUCAUAAACAGUGACACAAUAACUAUAAUUGUUUAGUCUAUCUCACAAUUGUACUCCAGUCCUAAGAAUUACAAAAUAUUUACAUGAUCAGAUGCCUAAUAAAAAGUGUUUGUGGUAAUAUUGAUGACAUUUGGGACACAUUUCUGUUUUUGCGAUACUUAAUACACCCUUUCGAUAAUUACGUCACAACUACCCUGUUUUCAACUUAGGACCACCUUAAAUGGAAAGGAUUUCAAGUUUGUUUCUCAUGGGCUAGGCACAGAGAAGCAGAACAUUCUUCUUCAACAUAUGCAUGAAAAAGAAUUUCCAUUUUGAUCAAUAAAUGAGCCUCGUUUUCGUGUUAAAGCUUAUUUCCACAUUUAUUGGUCAAAAUAAAGAAUUUUUUUCAUGCAUGUGUUGAAGAAGGAUGUUCUGCUUCUCUGUGCAUAGCCCAUAAGAAAAAAAAUUGAAAUCCUUUCCAUUCAAGGUGGUCCUACGUUGAAAACAACGUAGUUGUGACGUAAUUAUGGAAAGGGUGUAUUGGGGUACACCCAACCUGAGAGCCCUUCAUCAGAAAUUGAAUAAAUUCCAUUCAGUAUCUAUCUUUCUGUUUUAAAUUUGUGUAAGUCUUUAUGUUUUAAAUUUUUUCACCUGAAAAUCCUUACCAUUUAUCGUCCUUCUCAGUACACAAGCGCCCGUUCAGUUAUACUUGCAGUUUUUGCUGCGAUUUCUAGCCGUGCGAUUAUCGUCUUCAGCUUAAAUGUAAAUGAGUUAUGAAUGUCCAGAUGAUACAGUCCUUCGAUCACUUGUUCAAUCGCACUAGAAAUCGUAGCAAUAAUUGCAAGUCUAAAUGGGCCUUCAAUUUACUUCAGGGUGCGUUACUGUAUGUGCAGAGGUCAUGCCAUGCGACUAAACGUGUAGGAAUUUUGCAUCGGUAUAAAUUUUAAGGAUCUGUAUAAAUUUUAAGGAUCGGUGUUUAGUCAUAUUGUGUGGUCAGGCAUAUUUUUCAAGCUUGCCAGGUGUGGAUAUACACUCAGAGUAACAUCACAAACAUCAUAUAUUCACCUGAGUACAUAACACCAACACAGAAAAUUCAUGAUUAUUAGAUUGCAUUGAUAUCGAAGGAACUAGACUCAGUUCCGAAAUAUCACAUACUCGAACCGACCUGACCGCGUAGCUCAGUUGGCAGAGCAUUGGACUAGUAUUCCAAAGGUCGUAGGUUCGAUUCCCACCGUGGUCAGGCAUAUUUUUCAAGCUUGUCCGGUGUGGAUAUACACUCAGAGUAAAAUCACAAACAUCACAUAUUUACCCGAAUACAUUACACCAACACAGAAAAUUCAUAUGUCAGAUAUUCCCUCAAACAUUUCUCACAAAUCCUUCAAGACUUAGAAUUUACCUACGCAAAACGUAUAAUGUUAGUAUCUUGUCUUUGAAGGUUAUGUUUUGAAAGAUUUGGUGACCGCGUCAAAUACUGGAUAACACUGAACGAACCGUGGGAGGUCGCCAUUCCUGGUUACUGCCGAGGACAGACGGCACCGGGUCACAAAGACCUAGCCAGGGGAGCUUACAUAGCCGUGAAAAACCUCAUCCUAUCUCACGCGAAAGCUUGGCAUACGUACGACAAAGAAUUUCGGCCAACACAACAUGGACAGAUAUCUAUCACGCUCGAUUCAAGUUGGCCCGAGCCUUAUACCAGUUCAAAACAAGACCAAGAAGCAGCGGGUAGAUUUCUAGCAUUCCAUCUCGACUUAUUUGCGCAUCCUAUAUUUGUGGAUGGUGACUUUUCGUCUACGGUAAAAGAACAAGUUAGUUUACAUUCGAAAGCAAGUGACAUUGAAUCUCGCCUGCCAGUUAUAAGUGCAAACGAAAGAAAGCUCAUUAAAGGCAGUCAUGAUUUUUUUGGCCUGAACUUCUACAGGUGUCAAUUGGUGAAGCAUCAGUCUUCCUUAAAUGGCGCGAAAACGCCUCAAACGUUCGACACCGACCGAGAUACCGAGGAAAUGAUGGACAGCUCGUGGCCUGGGACCGAUGCGUCAUGGUUGCGGAUGACGUCAUUUGGAAUACGUCGGAUAUUGAAGUACAUCAAGGAUCAUUAUGGGAACCCUAGGGUCAUUAUCACAGAGAACGGUUGUACCCAGGCCGGUGAGCAUGACGCGGUUGGGGAGAGAGCUCUGGAGGAUUAUUUCCGAGUGGAUUGGUACCGAAGAUACUUGAAUGAGGUUGGUUUUCAUGCUUUAUAUUAUUCCCAUGGUGCAUUGUGGUCACAGUCAGUCAGGUAAUCGGUUGGUUGACCAGUCAGGCCAUAGCCUAUAUCGAAGGGAAGAUGGCUGUGAAACUCAUUAGAAUGAACAAAUAAUAUAACUCAUUAUCUAUGUUAGUCAACGUUUAUUUUUAAAUCUGGUCCUUCACCGUCACGUGUGUAUUGUAUUUUUGCCCAACUGACCAAUAGAAAUGUUUUAGGAAAGUUACCUAUCCGUGACUCGAACAAUAGGGUAAAUUGGAAAUUGCUAGUAUUGGUUAGUUGGGCAAAAAUACAAUACACACGUGACGGUGAAGCACCAGAUUUAUGAAUAAACGUUGACUAACAUAGAUGAUGAGUUAUAUUGUUAUUCUAAUGAGUUUCACAGCCAUCUUCCCUUCGAUAGGCAUGGUCAGUCCAGGCCGCCUGGUCGGUCGGUCAGGCAGCCAUUCGGGUGGUUGGUCAGCACGCAGUCUGUUGGUUGUUCGGUCAGUCAGUCAGGCCGGCAGCCAGUCAGGCAGCCAGCUGCCUCGAUUUGUGUUUGAAAUACUUUUUAGAAAAAGAUUCAACGCUAAAUAAGUCAGUUUGGAAUAAAAAUGCACUUUUAUUCUCUGCAUGUAGGUACUUAAGGCGAUCAAGCUGGAUAAAGUGGACGUUAGGGGAUACACAGCAUGGUCAUUGAUGGAUAAUUUUGAAUGGGAUGAUGGAUAUAGGUUAAGGUUUGGACUAUAUAGAGUAGAUUUCGCUGAUCUGCAGAGAGCAAGAACAGCCAAACUUUCUGCUCACUAUUAUAAAAAAACUAUUCAAGACAAUGGCUUUCUCUGUCAACAUUUUGAUUGAAAAAAUCAAUUGAAUUGUUUUUAUAUUUUUUAAAAAAUUUAAAGAUAGAAUUACGUCCAAAAAACAAGAAACCUGAAAGCUGUAUAUACAGAGUGUCCCAAAAAACCCCGCAAAACCAUUGAAAUAACGUAUUGUUAAAAUUUGAAUGCCCUAGCACUAAGCUGAAUGUGGCUGAACGCAAAGAUGAGUAUGAUAUUGACAAGGGUGCAUAUAUUAAAUAUUGACUUAUUAAGAAAUUAAAAGAUGGCUUUAGCGCACGAUUUUCUGCUCUUGGGAAUUUAAAACAGCUUCUUAAACGGUUUCUUUAUGCAUAAAAUUUACUUACGUCAAGCUUUGAUGCACGUGUGAGUUCAGCCGAGUGCUGAGUCAUUCAAAUUCUAACAAUACGUACGUUAUUUCAAUAGUUUUGGGGACACCCUGUAUAUAUACAGCUAUUUCAAUUAAGGUUGUCCACGAGCAAAGCGGAAAAGUCGAAUACGAGCGCGAAAGGCUGCUGGGAAUCGCUAUGAAAAUUCAUUAAUUUGUUAGCGAUUCCCAGCAGCCUUUCGAGCUCGUAUUCGACUUUUCCGCUUUGCUCGUGGACAACCUUAAUUGAAAUAGCUGUAUAUAAGACAAUCUGUCAAAAGGGAAAAUGCCGAAAAGGUCAACAUUUGAAUAUUUGAAUAUCGAUUUAAAUUGUCCAUAUUAAAAAAUAAAUUACCGUC